UUUUGGGUUUGCGUUUUGCGUGUUCAUCUCAAUGACAAGGAAGAGACAAGCAGCAAUAGCAGGUUGAAAAACCAGCAAGUAUAUCAAUGGAGGAAAAAGGAAGAAGUUUAAACAAUUCUCUCUAUGCGUUGCAAAACAAAACCAAACCAUAACUUCCCCAUCUAAAUCCCUUUUACCAAAUUCUUGUCUGAUAUAUAUCUGUUUGAAGUUUAGGGUUUCAUACGUCCAUCAAGUGGUGCUGGUUUCAAGAAAGAUUCAGAGAAAUAUCUGUAUUCCAAAGUUCUAGCAAAAGCUGGCAGUUGGAAUUUUAAACAAUGGGAAUUGUUAAUUUGGAGCUUCCUUGCCCCCGAAAUAUUGGUGGAAUUGGAGUUGACCCUGAUCCAGAUUGGAGCUUUGAUGCUCUUGUAUCAGAGCUUAACGCUUUAGAAGCUAAGCUCAGUAGCUCUUCCAAGAUUCCAGUGCCAUUUACUAAAGAAAAAUCUAGAAAUUUCUCUAAUGGGAAGACCUUGGGAAGAAGUUCUAGUCCUUUUGUGAUGCGUAUCUCGGAGGAUGAGAUGGAUGGCAUUGAAAGUGAAGAGGAGGAGGUUCAAGAUAAAAAUUAUGUAGCUGUCAAUCGGUUCAAUUUUGAUGAACUUGAUCUAAGUGAAAGUGAUGAUUCUGAUGGUGAAUUAUCUCUGGAAGUCCAACCGUAUUUGAUGGAGGAAGUUGGAUUAGUUGAAGGAGCUUUGUUUGAGCUAACCCUUGAACAUGAGCUUCGAGUAAAGGAUGAGAUUAGAAACAAAAUUUCUGCACUGGAAACAGAUCUACUGAAUGAGAAUCAAAAGUACAAUUCUGCACUUAAUCGAAUUGAGAAGUACAGAGAAGCAAGACGGGAAUCUGAAAGAAAACUCGACACUCAGUAUCAACGCAAGAUUGCAGAGGCUCUUGAUAAUCACUUGACUGCUAUCCAACGCGACCACGAACGCAAAUCACAAAUAGAAGAGAGGAAAAUAAGAAGUGAUGCAGCUUAUGAGGAGGCCAAAAGAAGAGAGAAGGCUCUCCAAGAAGAAAAACUUCGCCAAGAAAAAGCUAAGGCAGAAGCUGAGGCCAAACUCAGAGCAGAAGAAGCAAAAAGAGCUGCUUUGGAAGCUCAGAAAAGAGCAGAAAAGGAAGCUGCUGAAGCCUCAAAUAGGGCUGCUGAUGCAGUGGCACAGGAAACAUCUUCAGAAACCCGGACAAUUUCUAAUUUAGGAACUGAAGAUGCUAAAUCUAACAUAUCUGGAUAUGAAAAAACAAAAAAGUCACCAUCAGCAGGUAAUAGCAUAGUUAAAGCUGCAGAAAGUGCUCUAAAGCUGGAGCAGGAGAGACUUAAGAAAUGUAAAGAGUUAGACGAAGGAAACCAGACAUUGAGGUUGAAUCCAAAUAAGGAUUUGAGCCGCCAUGAGAGGAAUAUUUCAAAAUUGAUACGGCAAAUUACAGGAACAAGAGAUGUGGUCUGGGGGAAAGCAACGGAACUUGUCAAGAUUCUCAAUAGUCCUGAAUUUCCUAAGUCUAUUAGCGUUGCAGUGUUUGCUAAGAAGGUUGUUUCCCAUGGUGAAAGCCCUGGUAGUGCUGCAUUUGCUUGUGCCUAUGUCAUUGUUCUUGUUACUUCACAGAUUCCACUUGCAAUGGAUCUAAUUCUUGCUGAGUUUCAUAAAGCUUGCAUCUAUACAGUUCCAAAGCACAUAGUGUACUCACAGUCAGCAUUUGAAUCAAAAGAUGCAUAUUACAAAACUAUUGGAUUCCGAGAAGAUGAAGGAAAAAUUGAGAAUAUUGAUGAUUAUUUGAAACGGAUAGAAGCUUACAUGAAAUUAUAUGGGGCACUGGUUCAGACAGAAGUAGGCGGUGUCCAAAAUUUACAUGGCCUGAAAGAAGGCUGGGCAUGGCUUGCAAGGUUCUUAAACACCCUCCCCGCCAAUAAAUUCACUGCUGUUGCACUUAGUGCAUUCCUCCGUACGGCAGGGUUUGGUCUCUUCAGAAAAUACAAAUCUCAGUUCAUGAAGAUGCUUAACAUUAUCUCUGACCACUUUCUAAAUGUACUUAAAGCACGUGAAGAUUCAACAAUGAACAAGGUUAUUGCGGAGAUUCAGUUCUACAUAGAAGACAAGCAGUUCCUUAAGGAGCCAGAGGGAAGAAGCUUGGAAGCCUCUUUGCUAUCUAGUAUUAUGGUGCCCAAGAUCGAGGAUCGGCAGUCAUAUGGUUACCAACAGAGCAGAGAUUACUACUACUGAUUUACUUUGGAAUAAUUUCCUUUUUUUUUUUUUUUUUUUUUUUUUUUUUUUUGGGGGGGGUGUUCUGCUGUUACAGCAAGAUGCCAACAAUUUUUAUUUUUUAUUUUUGGUAAUAAACAUAUAUGUAAUUGUUAUAUGUUAUCAAAAAGGAAGAAGUACAUUUAUUUAUUUAUUUAUUAUUAUUA